AUGUCAUCACAGGUCAAAAUGCUCAUGCAAAGAUUUGAUGGCAUACGAUCCCAAAUCUGCUCCGGCAUUCACAACCGGGGUCUGACUCUGGGUUCGGGGUUAUCCAAAUUCGCCGCUUGUGUGGCUCUCCAGUCGACGGACGAUAUGCGCCCCCGGCAGAUGCAGGCUGGUUCCAUCGGACACUGA